GGAGAUUAUGGCAAGCUAGUCACCCCUUAUACAUUCAAAAAGGACAUUCGCAACACCAACCCUUUUUCGCCAUCUCUACGCGAAAGAACGAAGAGAAUAGCGAAAGAACUUGCCUCAAUGCCGAACGCUCUGCCGCUCAAUGCAAGCAAUAGUAUUUUUGUAUGUGUCGACGAAGGACGAUGUGAUAUAAUCAAGGUUCUCAUUUCCGGCCCCGAUGACACUCCUUAUGCAAAUGGACUUUUUGAGUUUGAUGUAUUCUUCCCGACAAGUUACCCGUAUUCGCCUCCUAAAUGCGCUUUUUUGACAACUGGAGCAGGAAAUGUUCGAUUUAACCCGAAUCUCUAUAAUGACGGCAAGAUCUGCCUUUCAAUCCUGGGAACUUGGGAAGGACGUCCUGAGGAAAAGUGGAGUUCUUAUUGUUCAUUAAUGCAAGUGCUUGUCAGUAUACAGGGGCUUAUUUUCGUCAAGCAUCCAUACUUCAAUGAACCAGGCUUUGAGAAGUAUCAAGGGACGGAAAAAGGAGAUGACUACUCCAGAAAGUACAAUCUACAGAUCGAACAUGCCACGCUUAAUUAUGCCAUACGAGAUCAACUGAAAAAUCCUUCGGAGUACUUCAAAAAAGUAAUCUUACGCCACUUCUGGCUAAAGCGUCACGCAAUCAUAAAACAAGCAAAGAACUGGAUAGUUGAGAUGAGGAAGGACGUAGCAGAGGCGGAGCGAAAUCCGAAAAGAAGGGAAAGCCUCACAUUUGAGAGCCUUUACAAUCCCUAUCAUCAGGAACGAUCCAUACAACAGCUUAUAAGUGAGCUUUCCUCUAUGCCCUGCCCUGUAGAUCAGUGA